UCUGGUAAGGUGCCGUGCUUUUUUAGUCUUUCUUAAAUGACUUCUCCCGUGGAACUCAAAAGCCAAUUAGCCAAUCUUUUAACUUUUUUAGACGGACCUUUUCUGCUUUUAGAUCCGAUAAAAGCCCUUUUCCAAAUGGGUUUUUUUCCCGUACCUUCCAAGAAAAAGCUCAUUGAAGAAACACCCUUAACUGACCUUGUGCUGCUGAAUUAUUUUGGUUGAAGUUUCUACCGUCCUUGAGCACAAAUCACCGCCACCCAAGUCUUCAAACCCAAUCCGGACUCAACCCCAGUACCACACACAUCCAAUACUACAUGCCCAAUAUUGUUGGAUUGGUGGUCCAAACCCAAGUACCCAAGUACACGCAACGUCAUGGGGCUGGGGCGCGCACGGAGAUAUAUGCCUUGUCUUCACAACGGAAUCAGAAUGAAUUCAGCCUUCUGAUGAGUGAUGACGCUUACAUAUGCCUUCGUUAGCGCGCCAUAUGAGGAAGGUUGCUGUCUUUUUGCAACUCUCACUCUCUCUCCACAUUAUUCUCCUCUGGUUACCAUUUCAAGAAUUAAAACCGAUGUUAUUGAAUUGGAUACUGUAACUCCUCCCCCCUUAGUGCUUUUCUUUGAUUUUAUUUUUUCAAACUUGGAGGACCCUUUCAGCACCAUUUCCCUAUCAAACUCAACCUCUUCGUUUAUCAUUCGCUCACUGACUCUCUCUUUCACAUUGGUUUCCAUGUCCACCUGCGAGAGAAGAGGUGAAGAAACGAUGUGCACGCCGUGGACAAUAGCAAGGCUGAUGGGAUGGCGGCUUCUGGAUUGGGCGUCGGGUGUUUUCACUUGCAGGAUUCCUUCGGAUGACGAACCAGAUAAUUUCCACCCUUCUGUACCGCCACCACGUGAGCCCGCCGAAACCAGAGUUUCUGAAGCGAAGGAUGAGACCCGAUACUAUGAGAUUGACCACGACUCGUUUCUCGCCCACAAACACAACCCAGAUGGAAAAGUCCCCGGUUUGACCCCAACUGGAGAUUCUGGACAACCGGAUAAUGAGGUGGACUCACGCCGGCCAAUUUUCCGAGAGGAGGACUACAUCGUGUUUUGCUUCAGGAAGGAUGGAGCCAUUCACAUCAUAAAGGAUGAAAGGUCUCAUAACCUCGAAUGCAGAAUUAGACAGUUAAGGACCGUUAACCGUAAGCUUGUUUAUGGUGAUCAGGAUGCGGACCUUGUGGACAAAAACAGCAAUGGAGAUGUGUUAAAUAAAGAUGGUGUUGAUUUUGAGGCAGCAAGAUCAGAUGGGAAGGGUGAAGAUGGAGAAAGUGUUUACUUUGAUUCCGAGUCGACAACAGCAGAUAUCAUAGGGGAAGAGCAACGUGACAGAGGUGAAGAUUUUAGAACAAUAUCCCUGGAAUCAAGCAUCUCUGUUGAAUCGGACAGCAGCGCAAGUUCUUUUGCGUUCCCUGUAUUGAGGUGGGAGUGGACUGGGAGUCCUGUGAAGAUGCCAAUGUCGGAGGACAUGAAUCUAAGGAAGCAGAGGGCCUGGUGUAUGGGCCUUCACUGUUGUAGAUAUUGAAAAGCUUGAAAAUUUUCAAUCCCUUUAGCACAACCAUAUAGUUUAGUACUUUAUUAGUUUUGUUCCAGUGGUGCUUUCGUUUCAUCGUCUUUUCUUCAGUGUUUUGAUAUGUUCAUUUUUCUCUUUCAAAAUUAGUGUUGAUUCCGAAAUCGGAGCUGUGGAAGAAGUCAUAUGUCUAGAGGGUGUAGAAAGCAACAGUUUAUUUAUUUUGACAGAUUUGGAUUUUUCUUGAAGGUCCACGAAUUCUUGGUGGGCCUCCAAGAAUUCCUUAAGGCCUAUAUCACUGUCGUCUGGUUAUGGGUUGUUUCCCUUUUGCUUCAUCAUUAUUCGAUGGCAUGAAGCUUGAGGGUGUUCGCCAAUAUGUAUGAAUUAUGAUUUUUUU